GAGAGCAAGACAGGAGACGACACGAUCUUGAUCGGAGGACAAUUGUUUCGAAGAGCACCAGCACCGGGUCAGGCACUUAGGUCGCCUGUGUAUCAGGUAUCUGCCCAUUCAUCGCCACAAAGCAUUCACGGCCACCCGCACUACCCAACACAAACACAGACACACGAGCUACAUCAGUCACGCUAUCCCACUGCAGCAGUUGGUCAUGCCUUGCAUGAUCGACCAGUGGCCUCCAUUGAGCCACCCGACGACCUGAGACGUAUGGCCAUAGCAUCCGCAUCAGCUAAGAGCGAUACUCGCUCAAAUGGACAUCACUCAAGGCCCGAGUCCCCGUCCUUUGAUUCUCCCGGCAAGCGACGACGAGUGGAACAGCCCAGACCAGGUCCUUGUGUGAAUCCAUACCAGGCUCAACCACCCUCACCCAUCGGAUCUGGUCAUUAUGUCAAUGCUCAACCGAGCAAGCCACCUGUUGGGGUUAUGACCAUACCUUAUCAACCAAGCCCUCCACAGACUGAUCGCGGAAGCCCUUUUGCGGAUGCACCUGCACCUUUCCGAGUUGAUCUUCGGCCCUCUACAUACGUGCCUCCAGCGUUGCCCGAGUUGAAUGGCUCCACGUACAGACCCAUGCAAGGUGAGAAUAGGCCUCUCGCAGACGUGUCUUACGAUCCCAGGCAGCCCAUGGUGCAGCAGAAUGAGAGAUACCACUCCGCUGUCCCGCAGCGACAACCAGAACCGCGCCAUGGAUUUGUUGAUGCACAGGUGGCUCCAAUCCAAUACAUUCCCCUCCCUCCACAAGGCCAGGAUCAGUACGGACGCCCGGCGUACGCGCGAGUACCUGCCCAUGACUACCAUAGAUCUGGGUAUCAGACAGGUCCACCUCCACCCAGAGUGGUAUAUGUGGAAGCUCCGCGCCAGUAUACGCCAGUUCAUGGCGCACCCGCGGCGGUGCAACAGCUGCCCAGAGCGGCACCCAAUGGGGCUUACAAGCAGCAGCCUUCGACAGCAGCGCCAGUGACAGCGCCUCCAUAUGCGCCAAUUGCAGGACAACAACAGUACUACUAUCCACGAUGAAAGUAUUAAUGAACGUUCUCUAUGAUGGAUGACCACCUGGUUCUGCUUUGAUCUCCACAUGAUUUCGAUGGGUCAUCUUAACUGAGAUGUACCGACUCAUGAUACAGCUUAGAAGCCCAAGUAUGGCGAACCGCGCCUGACUUGCCGUGCAACACAGGGCCCAGACGCGCCAGCGUCGAGACAGUGCAGACUCUGAUGCUCACAGAGCAAUUCAGCAUGCGAUGAGCAGGACUAGGAGAUGAUGGGCGAAGAGUCUUGGGAUCAGUAUUGGAUGCCUGUCACUCAGGGGCAAUGACAGCAAGGAAGAAAUUGGCGCACAGCUGCAGUGCGUACAUGUAAGGCCAAGGACCAAGACUCUGGCUGAACAAGCAGGCAGGCAAUAGGCACACUUGGUGUCAAUGUAAACAUGCCAAGAAAGAGAGGCUUCGAGUAGCGCAAGGAAUAAUUUCCAAGCAUCGAAUGGAAAUGUAACAAUGCCUUGG